CCAAUAAGAAUCAAGAAAAAGGCUUUCAUUUUUGUUUUUGUUUUUGUUUUUCAACAAUGGACAAGUUCAACUUUGUUAGAAAUGGGAUGAUCAGAUUGCCUCCUGGUUUUCGUUUCCAGCCUACAGAUGAAGAGCUGGUCUUUCAGUACCUAAGAUGCAAAGUCUUUUCAUGCCCUCUGCCUGCUUCAAUAAUUCCUGAGGUCAAUGUUUGCAUGUAUGAUCCUUGGGAUUUGCCAGGUGAUUUGGAGCAAGAGAGAUAUUUCUUCAGCAACAAGGAAUCAAAAUACAGGAAUGGGAGCAGAGCCAACAGGGUGACAAGUUCUGGUUACUGGAAAGCAACCGGCACUGAUAAAAAGAUUGUAUCUUCAAGGAGGAACCAUAUUGUGGGGAAGAAAAAGACUCUUGUUUUCUACAGAGGAAAGGCUCCAAAUGGUUGUAAAACAGAUUGGGUCAUGCAUGAGUAUUGCCUUGUCAAUGCAGAAACUACAGCCUCCAUCAACACAGCCGAGAAUGCUUUAAACGAGAAAGAAAAUUGGGUUCUGUGUCGAAUAUUUUUGAAGAAAAGAAGUUGUAAGACUGAUGAUGAGGAAGGCAUCAGAGUUAACAAUGCUGAAAUGGUUCACGCACCUCAGACUAAUAAUAAUCAAAGUCCUGUGUCUUCUUCUUCAUCGUGCUCAAGUUCUAGUGGGAUUACAGAAGUAACUUCUUCAAGUGAAGCAGGUGAUGAAGAAGAAAUCAGUGGGUGCACUAAGUUUUGAUGAUCAUGUUAAUGUAGCAGUAAUAUGUAAACUUUUUUCUUCUAGAAUGAUUUUAUGUUCCAAGUCCAUAAAAGGAAAUGAAUCUUCUUUUUCUUUGUGAAGA